AAGGUAACGUUUAUAAGUAAUUUUAGUUAUAAAGGAAAGUCUUCAAAUUAUUACGUUUACGUUUUGGAAUAGACAAGUUCUAUUCCUUGAUCCUUAUCUUUGAUAGAGACCGUCUGUUGAAUUGAUAAAGCUGGCCUAAAUCUUAUCACAAUCACUUAAACAGAAUUGAAUAUGUCUGAAAAUUACAGAAAUUUCAAAGAAAAUGGCAAGAAAAUCAUUGCUGUGUGCAGAAAUUACAAAGGACUGGUAGCAGCGCAAGGAAUACAAAAUCCGGAAAAACCAAUUCUCUUUAUGAAACCGACUUCCGCUUACAUAUCCGAGGGACAAGAUAUAAAGAUCCCUCUUGGGUGUAAAUUGUUAUAUCAUGAAGUGGAACUCGGAGUUGUUAUCAGUAAAAGAUGUUCAAACAUCUCGCCAUCUGAUGCUUCAGAUUACAUUGGCGGAUUCUUGCUGGCACUCGAUAUGACGGCAAAAGACUUCCACAUCGAAGCUAAAGAAAAAUCGAGGCCUUGGUUCCUCUGUAAAGGCUUUGACACGUCGUGUCCCGCAAGCGGCUUCAUUGACAAGGAAAAACUAUCAAAUUAUAGCGAUACACGCCUGUGGCUCAAAGUUGACGGAGUUACGAAGCAAAAUUGCAGCACCUCGGAUAUGAUUUUUUCUGUUCCCGAAAUAAUCUCUUACGUCAGCAAGUACUUUACACUAGAGGUGGGUGACGUCAUUUUGACGGGAACACCGGCCGGAUCCGGCCCCGUGCAUGCCGGUCAGACUAUUGAAUGUGGUCUGGCUGAUAUUGCGACAAUGAAAUUUGCUGUUGUAGAAAUUAACUAGAGCCAUUUUGAAAUAUCUUUAUGACCUUUUUUAUCAUUAAUAAAUACAUGUACUUGUGAUUUACAGAUAUCGUAAAUCAAUUUGGGUAGAUAUGGACAUAGUUAAUAGAAAGCAAUAAGAACAUUGUUAGUUUUCAAUACAAUUUUUAAAAAAUAUUGUCAUAAAGAAAUUGUUGACUUACUGGGUGUGAAGCAAUUGUUGGUUUCUAAAAUCGAUUUUUCAAUAAAAAGUAAAACCAAAAAUUA